AUGCCGUCGCGAGGUGGCAUUGGGAAGAGAAAGCCGACGCGGGUUCGUGACGAGGAAGGAGGGUGGGUUUCGCAGGAUUCAAAUCUGGUUUCUGCUUGGCUUAAUACUAGUUUGGACCCAAUCAAUAGGGUUGAUCAAUCCAAACAUUCAUUUUGGGCUAGAGUUCAUGAAUAUUAUGAGAAAAACAAAAAACUCACAUGUUGUGAACAUAGUUCCAGCUCUCUCACAAAUAGAUGGUCUACCAUUCAACAUGCUACAAAUAAGUUUUGUGGAGCCUUAGCUCAAAUUGAAGGAAAGUCUCCAAGUGGGGUUACUGAGCAAGCUAAGAUUGAGCAAGCAAAUGAGCUCUAUCGAAGUAACCAGUUCGCAACAUUCAACUUCCUUCAUUGUUGGACCAUUCUAAGGCAUCAUCCAAAAUGGAAACAAACUGUGGCUGAUGGUAGCAGUGUGAAAACUAAGAGAAGAUCAGUAACCCCAGAUGGUCAUGUGCCAGAGUUUACAUUCCUAGAUGAAGACACCAUAUCUCCAUCUAUAGAUGUGAAUCUAGAGAGACCCAUUGGAAAGAAGGUUGAGAAGAAGCGAAAGAGGCAAGAUAAUUCAUCUUCCAAUCUUGCUGAUUUGGUGACUGAAAUGAGAGAUGAGAAGAAGAGAGCAAAUGCUGAGAAGGGAGAAGAUAGGAAAGAGCUUAUCUGCCUUACAAAAUAGAGGCUUGAUUUGGAUCAACGGAGAGAAGAUAAUGAACUUAUGAGGAUGGACACCUCAACUUUACCUCCAAUGCAGCAAGAGUAUUUCUGUAGCCUCCAAUUGAAAAUACUUGAGAAGCAAAGGUCUAGAAAGCCAUGACUGGGUGGUGUAUGGGCUGUUGUUUUGGGUUUUUUGAAAGGGAACAAUGCAGCCACUUUUGGAAAUGCUCAUUUGUUAGUUUUUUGUAUAGAACAUUGCACAAACCUCAAGCCACAAAUUUAGCCACAUUUGGAAGUUCUAAUUUGAUAGCUUUUUGUAUAGAACUAUGCACAAACUUGAAGUCACAAUGCAACCAAUGGAUAGUCCAGAUUUUAUUUUGUAUAGAACACAACACAAUUUGCACACUAAACUAUCUUAUUAGUCUAAUGUGUUAUUUGUUAGGGGAAUUAUGAUGGUGGCACACUAAAGUGUUGUUGUGAAUGGUUCUAAGUAUUAUGUGAAUGAACAAACUUGAAUUAGUAUUAUGUGAA